UUUUUUUUUUUUUGACUUUUGCCCUGCUCCUUCCAGGUCCAUAUUGAAGAGAUGAUCAGCUUAGCCAAGAUUUGACUUCAUUCCCAAGUGUGGUUUUAUUCUUGGAGUUGGGAAAAAACCACCAUUGUUCUUCUUAUUUAGAAUAUAUAUAUAUAUAGCUCUGAAUUGUCCUUUUAGCUCUUACUAAUUUGGGUUUGGCUAAAAAGUCUGAAUCAAAUUGAGGAUAAAUGAUAUUCCUGGAUGAAUUGAAUUGAUUGUUACGGAUUUGUAGUUCAAAUUCCACUGCCCAUUCAAAAAUAGCUUCAGUACUCAAUUUUCUCUUCUGUACACACCACCUUCAAUAUUUUAGACAUUCUCUGUGUUUCUUUCAUCACUGGAUUAUAAAAAAAGAAAACUAUAUAUGAAAUGUUUACUACUAUAUAUAUAGGCCUAUCUAGCAGCAAACUCCUCAAACAGAGAGUUAAUUUUUCUCACAAGUCCUCCCCCUGAGGAACAGAAAGAGAAAAAUGGAAUCAGAGAGAAUUUUUGAGACAGAAGAUAUUCACAUUUGAGUGAUUUGAGUUCCAUCAGCACUAGAAUUCAUUAACCAAACAGUCUGUACUGUGGAAUAGGUUGGUGCCAAUGGAGAGUAGUGAUAUUAGCAGAGUAACUAGUGGACGUAUUACUGCUUCUAACAUACUCAGGAACAGCUCUGUGGAAGUUUUCUCGAGGUCUUCUCGGGAAGAAGAUGAUGAAGAAGCCCUGAAAUGGGCUGCUCUCGAGAAACUGCCUACAUUCCUUCGUAUACAGAGAGGCAUCCUCACUGAAGAAAAGGGCCAGACAAGGGAAAUUAAUAUAAAGAGCCUUGGGUUGCCAGAGAGGAAGAAUCUGAUCCAGCGGCUUGUGAAGAUUGAUGGGCAUGAUAAUGAGAAGUUCUUGUUGAAGCUCAAGGAGCGGAUUGAUCGAGUUGGACUUGAUAUUCCAACGGUUGAAGUUCGAUUCGAGCACUUAACAGUUGAUGCAGAGGCUUAUGUUGGAAGCAGAGCAUUACCCACUAUAUUCAACUUCUCAGCAAAUAUUUUGGAGGGGUUCUUGAAUUAUCUUCACAUUCUUCCUAGUAGAAAGAAACCCUUCUCAAUCCUCCAUGAUGUUAGUGGAAUCAUCAAACCUCGCAGAAUGACUUUGCUUCUAGGACCUCCAAGCUCUGGGAAGACUACACUGUUAUUAGCUUUGGCAGGAAGACUUGGUUCAGAUCUGAAGGUUUCGGGCCGAGUUACCUACAAUGGCCAUGGAAUGGAUGAGUUUGUUCCACAGAGGACUUCAGCUUAUACAAGUCAAUAUGAUCUUCAUGCUGGAGAAAUGACAGUGCGAGAAACAUUAGAUUUUUCAGCUAGAUGUCAGGGGGUUGGAGGCCUUUCUGAUAUGUUAGCCGAAUUAUCAAGAAGAGAGAAGGCUGCAAACAUUAAGCCUGAUCCUGAUAUUGAUAUCUACAUGAAGGCUGCAGCACUAGAAGGGCAGAAGACCAGUGUAGUCACAGAAUAUAUGCUCAAGAUUCUAGGACUUGAAAUCUGCGCCGAUACAUUGGUGGGGGAUGUAAUGAAACAAGGCAUAUCCGGCGGACAAAAAAAGCGACUCACAACAGGGGAGAUACUGGUUGGACCAGCCAGAGCACUUUUCAUGGAUGAGAUAUCAACUGGUUUGGAUAGUUCAACAGCUUUUCAGAUUGUAAAUUCACUCAGGCAGUCCAUCCAUAUUCUUAAUGGAACUGCUCUUAUCUCUCUCCUCCAACCAGCACCAGAAACAUACAACCUAUUUGAUGAUAUAAUUCUCCUUUCUGAUGGAAAAAUUGUGUAUCAAGGUCCCUGUGAAAAUGUGCUCGAGUUCUUUGGAUACAUGGGCUUCAAAUGUCCAGAAAGGAAAGGAGUGGCUGACUUCUUACAAGAAGUGACAUCAAGGAAGGAUCAAGAGCAGUACUGGGCGCGUAAGGACGAGCCUUAUAGCUACGUUACUGUCAAGGAAUUCGCUGAAGCGUUUCAAUCAUUUCAUAUUGGUCAGAAACUAGGUGAUGAGCUUGCUGUGCCAUUCGAUAAGACCAAAGGCCACCCUGCUGCUUUGACAACCAAAAAAUAUGGUAUUAGCAAGAGAGAACUGUUGAGAGCUUGCACAUCCAGGGAAUUCUUGCUUAUGAAGAGGAAUUCAUUUGUCCUUUUUUUUCUUUUUUUUCAGCUUAUUAUUGUGGCUUUUAUAAACAUGACAUUGUUUCUCCGAACUGAGAUGUCGCGAAAUACAGUAGAAGAUGGGGGGAUUUUCAUGGGUGCCCUUUUCUUUGCAGUCUUGAUGAUUAUGUUCAAUGGAUUCACAGAGCUUCCCAUGACCAUCUUCCAACUUCCAGUCUUUUACAAGCAAAGGGACCUUCUCUUCUUUCCCUCCUGGGCAUACUCUCUACCUAAAUGGAUCCUCAAGAUGCCAAUCGCAUUUGCUGAAGUUGGUGCCUGGGUGAUCAUGACUUAUUAUGUCAUAGGCUUUGAUCCAAACAUAGAAAGGUUCUUCAAGCAAUAUUUGCUACUGCUAUGCAUUCACCAGAUGGCUUCAGGACUUCUUCGGUUGAUGGCGGCAUUGGGAAGGAACAUCAUAGUUGCAAACACAUUUGGCUCAUUUGCAUUACUUGUAGUCAUGGUUUUGGGUGGAUUUGUCUUGUCAAAAGAUGAUGUGAAGACAUGGUGGGAAUGGGGUUAUUGGGUCUCACCUUUGAUGUAUGGGCAGAAUGCUAUUAGUGUGAAUGAAUUCCUUGGGAACAGCUGGAGACAUGUUCCGGCUAACUCAACAGAAUCAUUAGGAGUUCUAGUCUUGAAAGCUCGUGGGGUUUUCACAGAACCACACUGGUAUUGGCUGGGAGUAGGAGCUUUGAUUGGAUAUGUGCUCCUAUUCAAUUUCCUCUUCACUUUGGCUCUAUCAUAUCUAAAUCCAUUUGGGAAGUCUCAACCAAUUCUAUCCAAAGAGACCUUAACUGAGAAACAAGCUAACAGAACAGAAGAGUUGAUUGAGCUGUCACCAGAAACGGGAGCAAGAAUUCAAAGUGGAUCAUCCAGGUCAUUGUCUGCAAGAGUGGGCUCCAUUACUGAAGCUGACCAGAGCAGGAAAAGGGGAAUGGUUCUUCCUUUCGAACCUCUGUCUAUCUCUUUUGAUGAAAUCAGAUAUGCAGUGGACAUGCCACAGGAAAUGAAAGCACAAGGCAUCACUGAGGACAGAUUGGAACUUUUGAGAGGCGUGAGCGGUUCAUUCAGGCCAGGAAUCCUUACAGCCCUAAUGGGUGUUACCGGUGCUGGAAAAACUACUCUGAUGGAUGUAUUGGCCGGAAGAAAAACCAGUGGAUAUAUUGAAGGAAUUAUCAAAGUGUACGGGUACCCAAAGAAACAGGAAACUUUUGCUCGUGUGUUGGGAUAUUGUGAGCAAACUGAUAUCCACUCUCCUCACGUUACAGUCUAUGAGUCCUUGCUUUAUUCUGCAUGGCUUCGGUUACCUUCUGAAGUCGAUUCGGCAACCAGGAAGAUGUUCAUUGAGGAGGUUAUGGAGCUUGUGGAACUAAACUCAUUGAGGGAAGCACUUGUUGGAUUGCCCAGUGAAAAUGGUCUGUCAACAGAGCAGCGCAAGAGACUGACCAUUGCAGUUGAGCUUGUUGCCAACCCAUCUAUAAUAUUCAUGGAUGAGCCAACAUCUGGGCUUGAUGCCAGGGCAGCAGCAAUAGUGAUGAGAACAGUGAGGAACACAGUGGACACAGGAAGAACUGUAGUGUGCACCAUCCACCAGCCAAGCAUAGAUAUAUUUGAUGCCUUUGAUGAGCUACUUCUCUUGAAACGGGGAGGCGAAGAAAUUUACGCAGGCCCAAUAGGUCGCCAUUCUUCCCAUCUGAUCAAGUACUUUGAGGGAAUUAAUGGAGUUAGUAAGAUUAAAGAUGGUUAUAACCCAUCAACUUGGAUGUUAGAGGUGACUUCGGCAGCACAAGAGGUAGCUCUAGGAGUGAACUUCACUGAAGAAUACAAGAACUCAGAACUGUAUAGGAGAAACAAGGCAUUGAUCAAGGAACUGAGUUCACCCCCUCCAGGGUCAAAAGACCUUUACUUCUCAACUCAAUAUUCACAAUCUUUCUUCACACAAUGUUUGGCUUGCCUAUGGAAACAGCACUGGUCAUAUUGGAGAAACCCAGCAUACACUGCCGUGAGAUUGUUCUUCACAACCUUCAUAGCUUUAAUGCUUGGGACAAUAUUCUGGGAUUUUGGCUCCAAAAGGAAAAGGCAACAGGAUCUCUUCAAUGCAAUGGGUUCUAUGUAUGCUGCAGUUAUCUCCAUAGGGAUACAAAAUGCCUCAUCUGUACAGGCAGUUGUAGCCAUUGAGAGAACAGUCUUUUACAGAGAAAGAGCAGCUGGAAUGUAUUCACCUUUCCCAUAUGCCUUUGGACAGGUUAUGAUUGAGCUCCCACACAUAUUCAUCCAAACCAUCAUCUAUGGACUUAUAGUAUAUGCCAUGGUUGGGUUUGAGUGGACAGUCACUAAAUUCUUCUGGUAUCUUUUCUUCAUGUACUUCACCUUCUUAUACUUCACAUUCUAUGGGAUGAUGGCAGUAGCCAUUACUCCUAACCAACACAUCUCCGGCAUAGUUUCCUCUGCUUUCUAUGGAUUAUGGAACCUCUUCUCGGGAUUCAUCAUUCCGCACACAAGGAUUCCAGUGUGGUGGAAAUGGUACUUCUGGUCAUGUCCGGUGUCUUGGACUUUGUAUGGAUUGCUUGUCACACAAUUUGGGGACAUAAAGGAGAGGCUUGAGAGUGGGGAAAGAGUAGAAGAUUUCGUAAGGAGCUACUUUGGGUAUAGAAAUGACUUUGUGGGAGUUGUUGCAGGCAUCGUAGUUGGGAUAACUGUGCUGUUUGGAUUCAUCUUCGCCUACUCAAUCAGGGCUUUUAACUUCCAGAAAAGAUGAGAAUGACCCCAUGCAGAAGAAAUAUAUAUAGACACUUCUGUUUCAUGAAUCCUAGAGAUGUUAAAUUUGAAGACAGGAGCUUCAGUCUAGCUAUAUCCUAUUUAGGUUGCAGAGAUUUGUUCUUCUUUAUUUUGGUUUCUUAUUUUCAUUUGACAAUGAAGCCAAUUUAGUGGAAAAGCAUUAGAUCCAUGUAA